AUGUUAUUAGGUAAGAAUGUUACACCGCCAUCAUCAUCGUCAUCAGCUAAGAAACAAAAGAAAUCACAAAAAUCAAAUCAAAACAAGAAACCAAUUUCCACCAAAAAAUCAAAACCAAAAUCAAACAAUUUUAAUAAUAAUGAUAGUGAUGUUAAUGAUGUAGCAGACAUAUCAUUAUCUUUAUCACAUUAUUAUAUAAAUUGUAUAGUAGAUAUUUAUGAACAAGAAAUGGUUUAUAAGCGUGCUAUAAUUCUAGGAGGAGCGUUGAAACUUGAAGAAAGUGAUGAAGAUGUCGGUGAUUUGGUUGGAUCAGUUAAAAAAGUUGUCGAGAGAUGGAGUGUACAACAAUUUUUGAGAUUUGAAAUUGAAGAAGAAAUGGUUGAUAGAAUAAAACUUUGGAAAAAAGUUAAAGAAUAUGAUAAGCGUAAAGAAAAAUGA